AUGACUGAAGCUCUCGCAACAAACCUGCUAGAGAACGGCAACACAACAGGCAAACGCAACAUGUCACACGACCUCCUCCAAUGCCGAAACGACGACAACACGCCCCUGAGCAAGAAGGAGCUAGUGGGCGAGAUGCUCGCCUUCACUACCGCGGGCUCCGACCCGACGGCCUACGAGAUUAGCGCCAUCCUCGACCGCAUCUGCCGACACGGCGAUGUGCGCGAGAAGCUCCUGCAGGAGCUGCGCGCGGUGGGCGAGCUGGAGCAGAGCUCCGCGGAGGGCGUGGUGACGUACGCACAGACGUUGCGGCUGCCAUACCUCUUGGCGGUGGUGAAGGAGACAAUGAGGUUGAAUCCCGCUUUCCAGGGCCAGUUCAGCAGGGUUGCGCCGGAAGGUGGUUGUGGUGGUGAGGUGGGAGGGCUGGAGGUGCUGCCGGGAGUGGUGGUGCCGGGCGGGGUGUGGUUGAGCAUUAACACUUACGUGUCGCAGAGGGAUAAACUCGUGUUCGGAGAGGACGCGGAAGAGUUCAAGCCCGAGAGGUGGUUGCCUAUCGGCGGGGAUAGGUACCAUGCCAUGUCCAAGUACCUCUCCGUGUUCGGAUACGGGAGCACGGCGUGCAUGGGACAACACCUGGCCUCACAAAAGAUCAAUAAGACGGUUGUCGAGAUAUUAAGACGCUUCAAUGUAGAACUCAAGGAUCCAAAAACCCCAUUGAAGGAAAGGAACAUUAUCCAAAUGUUCAUCUCUGACCUAUUCAUGACAUUCACGGAACGGGAGAAGAAAAUAUAGAACCAACAAAAAAAAAUGAAAGCUAAUUGCGGAAGAAAGCAUGACACGAAUUUCGAAUUUCCGGGAGUUUAGGUGAACUUUUUUUUUCUUCAUUUUUCAUUUUUCAUUUAUCCUGUACUACUAGUAACUCAUUUUAUUCCAUUCCAUUCUAGGCGGGGGUCAGGCAGACAGGUUCUGGAGAGAAGAAAGAAGGGGGGGGGGGUACGAUACCAAAUUCUAGUUGAUAAAAACCUUCAUGUAUCAUAUCAUCAUACCAUAGCAAUUGAUUUUUUCUUUU